AUGCAUUCCCUCCUCCUCCUCCUCUUUUCCCUCCCAACCCUCCUCCUCUCCCACGGCAUCCUAAUCUCCCCCCCAACCCGCGCCCCAGGCCCAGCCUCCCUCUCCUACUGCGGCGAAUCCAUCACCGGAAUAAUAAAAGCAGACAACCAAUCCGGCAUCGAGGCGCUGCACAAAGCAUCCGUCACCUCCAAAGACUACCAUGCUGAUAAAUGCAACCUCUUACUCUGCAAAGGUCUACAGCUAGAGGAUAAUGAGAAGAAUGUGCAGACGUGGAGCCCGGGCGAGGAGGUCGUGUUGAAGGUUUGGACGAGGAUUCCGCAUGUGGGGUGGUGGAGUGUCGGGAUUGUGGAUGCGGGGAGUUUGUUGCUUGUUGGGGGGGGAAGCGUGUGGGGGUUCCUUAGAACGAAGGUGGAGGCAAAUAUGAUGGUUGAUUUUGAGAUCGAGGUUGUGAUUCCGAAGGUCUUUCCUAGGUGUGCUGUUCCCGGUGAUUGUGUGUUGCAGUGGACGUGGUUUGGGAGGGUGGUGAAGCAGACUUAUGAAUCUUGUGUUGAUUUUGUGGUUGUGCCUGAGAGUUAUGAGGUUGGUGGUGGGGAUGAUGAGAAGCAGAAAUAUAUUUCACAGUGAAGGUUCUAGGUGUUUGAGUUGUUGGUUGGGUUUUGUAUUUUUGGGGGAAUGUGGCAUGUAAAUCUGAGCGUUCGUAAUGCUGUUUGGAUAAUAAUUAUAGAAAGGCGUAUGUUUAUCAUGGCCAGAGUGAGAGUUGG